ACUGAUUGGGUGCUGCAGAGCGCGUGCGGUUGUGAGUAGAGUCUAAGGAGGCUUUAUAAACAGAAGACCCCAUGUGUCCACUUGAAACUUGACUUCGUGAACAGUUUAAGUAUUCUAUUAGUCAUCGACGCAUUAUUCCCGCUUUUCAGAAUGUCUACAGAAAACUUCAGAAUGCCCACAGACAACUUUUCAGACUUGGAGCUGGAGCUAACUGAUCUGCUCCAGGAGUUCGCUGAUGUGGUUGAGGAGUUGAGAGAGCCUUCACAAAGCGUCCCUUACGCAUACGAGCGGCUCCUGUCUGAAGCCAAACGGCGCACCGGGCUAGGGGGCGACGGCUCAGUGGUCAGCGACAGCGGCGUGGAGGACAAUAGUGACUGCAGCAGCGAGGUGUCUCUGGGUAACAGUUGGAACACCAGCGAAGAAGAGCUCCACACUGCAGGCAUAACAGUGACGCCCAAAGCCAGAAUGGGAGACACAGGAGACCUACAGAGAUUCAUCGACAGUUUGGACCGGGAACUAGCUGAUAUGUGAAUGGAGAGAGACGGAGAGAUGUAGACGGAGAGAGACGGAGAGAGACGGAGAGAGACGGAGAGAGACGGAGAGAGACGGAGACGGAGAGAGAGACGGAGACGGAGAGACACGGAGAGAGAGAGAGAGAGACGGAGACGGAGAGACACGGAGAGAGAGAGAGAGACGGAGAGAGACGGAGACGUAGAGAGACGGAGAGAGAUGGAGACGGAGAGAGACGGAGAGAUGUAGAGGGAGAAAGACGGAGACGGAGAGAGACGGAGAGAGACGGAGAGAUGUAGAGGGAGAAAGACGGAGAGAGACGGAGACGGAGAGACACGGAGAGAGAGAGAGAGAGACGGAGACGGAGAGAGACGGAGACGUAGAGAGACGGAGAGAGAUGGAGACGGAGAGAGACGGAGAGAGACGGAGAGAUGUAGAGGGAGAGAGACGGAGACGGAGACGGAGACGGAGACGGAGAGAGACGGAGAGAUGAAGAGGGAGAAAGACGGAGAGAGAGACGGAGAAGGCGAGAGAGCUGCUGAGACCACGUGGAAAGAGAAGAGAGAACAGGCUGCAUGGAUGGCUACUGCUGAACACACACACACACACACACACACACACACACACACACACAGAUCUAAAAUAGCACAGUUCUGUUGUGUUCGGAGAAAGCCAGCUCUCUCCUGGCCCCUCUGGGGAAAAAAGGUUAAACAUGAGGAAUUAAAAGAGCAUCUUGUUCCAAUAUGUAGAACACCACUGGACCUGAGGUGGUAGACUACAUCCCUUCCGUCAGACUGGUGACGUAUUCACACCUAAAUCAUGCUGUCUUACAGUCAACGUGUCUCUCUUCAACAGGAGAACAUGAACAUGUCUCUCUUCAACAGGAGAACAUGAACGUGUCUCUCUUCAACAGGAGAACAUGAAUGUGUCUCUCUUCAACAGGAGAACAUGAACGUGUCUCUCUUCAACAGGAGAACAUGAAGGUGUCUCUCUUCAACAGGAGAACAUGAACGUGUCUCUCUUCAACAGGAGAACAUGAACGUGUCUCUCUUCAACAGGAAAACAUGAACGUGUCUCUCUUCAACAGGAGAACAUGAAGGUGUCUCUCUUCAGCAGGAGAACAUGAGCGUGUCUCUCUUCAACAGGAGAACAUGAAUGGGUGCCAUUUAAUAUGCAGAUAUGAAUCAAAUCAAUGGGGGAAGCAGUAGAGACUCCACAGUAUCUUGUGAUCAGUAAGAGCCAACCUGCUGUUUCCUGGUGGAAGGCCUUAUAAUAGUGAAACCCAUUGUUAUCACAACCCAAUGUGUUGGAACCUCCCCAUGUACAGUAAUUGUGAAAAUGCUCUGUUUUAUAUUGUAAAGUGCAAAGUGAUGUACAGUAUUAUAUUAUACUAUACUACAAACAGAUCAGUCCCUAACCUGAUGAUGAUAAGCAUUUUUGUACAGAGGAAUAAAGAUACGUAUUUAAAAAAC